CACGCCUCUUUGUUGUGAUUUUAUUUUUAACCCGUUACCAUAUGGAGAUCUUGUGCUUACAAUGCAGAGCAAGACUAUUCCCAUUAUUUGGCCGGGGGUCACGUGGUUUUAAACUAACCAGAAGCUCUUCAGUACACAUAAGACUCUAUGCAACGUUGCAUCAGCCACCUAGUGUGCAGCCUGAUUCUAAGCCAAGGCCUGCUAAAAAGAGGUCUUUGGUAUUAAAAGAGAAAAAGAAAUUGAACGAAGUUGUAUUUGAUGAGGUCCUCUCUAAUGAGCCAAAGAGAAAAGAUGUGCAAUGUAAAUCACUGGAUGAAGAAUGGAGAGAACAAAGGAUUGAUAUUAAGAAGUUGCCAUACAUGUACCUAAAGCUCUCAAAAUACAGACUCACUUCUCUGGUAGUACUCACUACACUGGUUGGGUAUGCAAUGGCUCCUUCUCCUACAAUACCCUCUGUUCUAUUGUAUAGUUGUGUGGGGACAGCUUUGUGUUCAGCUGCUGCUAAUACUUUUAAUCAGUGGAUAGAAGUUCCUUUUGAUUCUCAAAUGUCACGCACAAGAAACCGAGUCCUAGUAAGAGGACUGAUGAGCCCUCUCCAUGCUCUCUCCUUUGGUAUAAUAUCAGGAGUAACUGGUACUCUUAUACUAGCCACUGGAGUCAAUGCAUUAACAGCAACUCUAGGAGUAUUCAAUAUAAUCCUCUACAGUGCAGUGUAUACUCCAAUGAAGAGGCUGAGCAUUGCUAAUACUUGGGUAGGCUCAGUUGUUGGUGCUAUACCGCCAGUAAUGGGCUGGACUGCAUGCACUGGGACCCUCUCACCCUCUGCAUUCAUUCUGGCUGGUGUUCUCUUUGCUUGGCAGUUUCCUCAUUUCAAUGCACUCAGUUGGAGUCAUCAAGGCGACUACUCGCGUGGCGGGUAUCGCAUGAUGUCAGUAACAGAUCCUCUUUUAUGCAGGAAAGUUGCUCUCAGAUACUCUCUUUCUCUCAUUCCCAUAUGCACUGCUGCUCCUGUAUUUGGUCUCACAACAUGGUGGUUUGCUUUUGACUCUGCUCUACCAAACCUAUGGCUCUCCUAUCUUUCUUGGAAAUUCUACCAGGACUCUGAUUUCAAGUCAGCUAGGAGAUUGUUUCACUUCUCUCUCGUUCACCUCCCUCUUCUCCUUGGACUGAUGUUACUCAAUAAAGCAUCAUGGAAGACUGAUGGAUCACCAUCAUCAGACAAGAUGAAAAGAGAACACUCAGAAUAGUUUAAAAUAGUUUUAUAUUUAUUAUUAUUAUUAUUACAAAGAUAGUUUGUAUCAUUAUACUAUA